AUGAACCCCUACCAAGGACCACCACCAUAUCUACACAAUAUUGGAUUUAGCAACACUGCCCCCCAAUCGUUUGGAAACCCAAUGCCAAUGCCCGGAUUUCCCACUAUGGGUUAUCCGGCACCACAACCAGGUUAUCCUGGGUAUCCCAAUCAGAAUUUCCCAGGACAGAAUCAAGGUUAUCCCCAACAGAAUUCAGGGUAUCCCCAACAAAUUCAGGGAUAUCCACAGCAGAGUCAGGGCUAUCCCCAACAAAGUCAGGGAUACCCGCAACAUAGUCAGGGUUACCCAGCUCAAGCUUACCCAAGUGCUCAAGGAUAUCCAUCAGCUCAAAUCGGAUAUCCCCAAGCAGGAUAUCAGGCAAGUUCUGCUUAUCCUACACCCAAUCACCAAGGAUAUGCUCAUAGCAUUCAAAGCCAUCAAGGUCAUAACAUGUCCAGCCCUGUAUCUAAACCCACAGUGGUGCCAGUAAAUCCUUUCGAUCCCCGUGAAGAUGCAGCCGUACUUCGGAAAGCCAUGAAAGGAUUCGGUACCGAUGAGAAAGCCAUCAUACAAGUACUGACUCGCCGAAGCAAUGAGCAACGCUUACGAAUCGCCUUCGAAUUCAAAACAUUAUACGGAAAGGAUCUCGUAUCGGACCUGAAGAGUGAAACCAGUGGAAAAUUCGAAGACCUCCUCGUCGCCCUUAUGACGCCACUACCACAAUUCUACGCCAAGGAGCUGCAUGACGCUACAGCGGGCAUCGGAACCGACGAGGAUGUGCUUAUUGAGGUCAUGUGUACAAUGUCCAACCAUGAGAUUCAUGUCAUCAAGCAAGCUUAUACUGCCAUCUACGGAACUUUGCUGGAGGACGACUUGCGCGGUGACACGUCUGGCAACUUUAAACGGCUGAUGACCUCUUUGUGCAUGGGCAACAGGUCUGAAGAGUUCCACGUCGAUCAAGAGAAGGCGAGAGAAGAUGCGAGGAGUCUAUUGCAAGCUGGUGAGCUGCGCCUGGGCACAGACGAGUCCGUGUUCAACGCGGUCCUGUGCUCCCGCUCGUUCCCCCAGCUGGCGGCCAUCUUCCAGGAGUACCAGUACCUCACUGGCCACGACAUCGACGACGCUAUCAAGGCAGAGUUCUCCGGUGACCUUGAGAAGGCUCUUCGCGCCAUCGUGAAGGUUGUUCGCAAUAAGCCGUUGUUCUUCGCGGAGCGUCUGCACAAAUCUAUGAAGGGUCUAGGCACCAAUGACAGACAGCUGAUCCGCAUCAUGGUGACUCGCUGUGAGGUGGACCUGGGCGACAUUGCGGAGAUGUUCCAGGCCAAGUAUGCGGAAUCGCUACAGAGCUGGAUCGAGGGCGAUUGUUCGGGCCACUACAAGAAAUGCUUUUUGGGACUCUUAGGCUUAUAUUGA